AUGCAGCUCUGCACGGUCGUGGCCAGACUGCUGGCCUUCCUGUCGACCUUGUCCUUGCUGUCGCUGGUCUCUGCGGACGCAAGAAUUCCCCUGCGCAGCAAGGAUGGAAACGGCAAGAUUGCCCCCAAAGUCUUCAUCAUCUCCAUGUUUGCCCCCGAGGCUGAGGCCUGGUGGGGGAUCCCCGAGUUCGACCUGCUGGCCCAUAACAUCAGCUUGCCCGGUCUGUCGCCCAUCUUCCCUCACGUCCACUGCACCGCCGACCACGCCGUCUGCCAGCUGAUCACCGGCGAGUCCGAGAUCAACGCCGCGACGACCGUCUCCGCCGUCGCCUUCUCGGACCGCUUCGACCUGCGCCAGACCUACUUCCUCAUCGCGGGCAUCGCCGGCAUCAACCCGGAGGUGGCCACGACGGGGUCCGUCACCUUUGCGCGCUUCGCCGUCCAGGUCGCCCUGCAGUACGAGUUCGACUCGCGCGAGAUCCCGGCCAACUACUCGACCGGCUACAUUCCGCUGGGGGCGUACGCGCCCGGCCAGUACCCGCGCAGCAUCUACGGCACCGAGGUCUUCGAGGUUAACAACGACCUGCGCUCGCUGGCCGCCUCGUUCGCGCGCACGGCCAACCUGUCCGACUCUCCAGCCGCGCAGGCCUACCGGGCCAAGUACGUGACGCCGACGAACCGGCUCUACGCGGCCGGAGCAGCGCCGCCGUCGGUGGUCGAGUGCGAUAUCGCCACGUCGGACGUCUACUACAGCGGAAACAUCCUCAGCACCGCGUUUGGCAACACGAUCCGGCUGUUGACCAACGGAACCGGCGUCUACUGCACCACGGCCCAGGAGGACAACGCGACGUUGGAGGCGCUGCUGCGGGCGGCCGUGCACAAGCGCGCCGAUUUCGCGCGCAUCAUCGUCAUGCGCACCGCGUCCGACUUUGACCGGCCCUAUCCCGGCGAGGACCCCAUGUACAACCUGCUGUACGCUGACCAGGGCGGCUUCCAGCCGGCGGUGGACAACAUCUACCGCGCGGGCAUCAAGGUGGUCGAGGGCAUCCUGCAGGGAUGGAACCAGACCUUCGCGGCGGGCGUGAAGCCGAGCAACUACAUUGGCGAUAUCUUCGGCACGCUGGGCGGCACGCCCGACUUUGGGCCGGGGCGGACGGUGGCAUUGACGGAGGGAGGAGCAUUAUUACAGAAAAGGGGGAUGGUCCGGAGGAAGGGGCGAUAUGUGCGUAUCACCGUACUGCAUGCAGGGAAUAUACUCUCGCAGUUAUUAGAUGAUCAGCUCAUUGACGUUCCAGCUACUGCUGACUGGAUAGAUGGAUUCCUGCAGGAGAGUGUUCGUGCCUGGCACGCAUUGUAA